CUCCCUCGCACGCCGCCUCGCCGCCAUGGUUGCACGCACCGGCGACCGCCGCGGCACCGUCAGCCGCGACUCGUCGCCGCCGGCCCGCAGCGCCGGCGCACGCUUCGGCAGCGCCGCCAGCGCCGUGCGCUCCUCCUCGCUCGACCGACCGAGCUCGAGCCGCGAGCGGGCCCACAGCGCCGCCGCCAACAUGCGCAGUGCGCCGCUGCGCCAGUCGCACUCGCACUUCGGCAUGCACUCGUCGCCCUCCAUCGCACGCCUGGGCCGCCACUUCUUUCCCGAGCGCGCCGACUCGCUGCGCGACCUCAGCGUGCUCGCCGGCCUCGUCGACGACCGCUCGCAGUGGCACGAGAGCGCGCGCAAGACGGACGACGAGAUCCGCGAGCUCAGCCGCAAUGCCAAGCAGCGGCGCGGAGUGCGCGAGUACUACGAGCGUAUGAACGGCAUCCUCGACAUGUGGCGCGAGGUCGACCAGAUCGUCGACAGCCGCUUCCCGGCAGAGGUGCUGAAGCGCUUCGGCAACAUUGACGGCGCCGCUGAGCUCGAGCGCGGCGUCAGCGGCUACACGUCCGACGAGGAGAGCGACGCAGAGGGCGAAGACUUCUCUGCCGGGCGCCGGCGCGGCAGCCUCGUCUCACGCACGGCCAGCGGCCUCUUCUCGGGCCUGUGGUUCGGCAAGGACGCGGCGAAGAAGCGCGGCGGCGUGCAUGACGAAGAGUCAAACCUGCUCUCGUCUGAUUCGGGCAUGGUCUCGUCGCCGCGGCGCUCCUCUCGCUCUGCGCGAGGCUACGGCGCGACUCCUUCCGCCCUGGCGACGAGCUUCUCCGGCCCGCAGGGACUGCACACCAUUGAGGCUGGCGUCGAGGUGCCCCCGGGUGAAGGGCUGCCUGAGCACUCAGGCAAGCCGGACAAGGCAGGCGUCGUGCGUUCUCGCACGCCCAAGGGCGUGCGGCCGGCGGCACUGGAGCACGUUCCCAAGCAGAAGCGCAUCGCCGCGCUCAACGGAUCUCGCAAGGACGGGAACGGCUCGAGCGGCGGCGGCGAUGCAGACUCGGAGACGGAGGACGACGAGAGCGAAGUGGACGGUAGCCUGGACCGCAAGCUCGCGGUGCAGCGUGCCGAGCGCAAGGCGCGCGACCGCGAGCGCAUUGUGCACAUUCCUGGCGGCCCCGAUCUGCGCAUCGAGCGCAGCACCUCCUCGGGGCCCGGCAAGGCGCCAUCGGAGGCAGGAUCCAACACAUCAGCCAAGCUGGCGUCGGUGCCAGGGGGCCUGCGCGAGCGCGAGCGGCGCAAGCUGCUGGCGCACGUGCCGGGCAAGGCGGAGCGCGACGAUGAAGAGGAGAAGAAGGCGAGCUUUGCCAUCAACAUCAACCUUGCGGUCAACGUGCUCCUGCUCGGCGGCAAGGGCUUCGCCGUGCUGUCGUCCAACUCCGUCUCGCUACUGGCCAGCCUUGUCGACUCGGCGCUCGACCUGCUCUCCACGCUUAUCAUCUUCGGGACGUCGGUGGCCAUCUCGCACGUCACAUGGCGCACGUGGUAUGCGUAUCCGACUGGCCGGAAACGCCUCGAGCCGCUCGGUGUCGUCAUCUUCUCCGUCCUCAUGAUCGCGUCCUUUGCUCAAGUUCUGCUCGAGUCGGUCCAGCGUCUCAUUGGCGUGAUCCGGACAGGCAAGCCCGAGCCGGGCGCAGGCGACAGCCUGCCGCUCGUCGGGAUCGCGUUCAUGCUUCUAACCAUCGGCAUCAAGGCGUGCAUGUGGCUCAUCUACCGGACUAGCAAGAGCUCUGGCGUGCGCGCCGUCGCGCAAGACGCAGAGAACGACGUCGUCUUCAACAUUGCAUCGCUCAUCUUCCCCUUCGUCGGCAGCAAGCUUGGCUGGCCGGCCCUUGACCCGAUCGGCGGAGCGCUCCUAAGCAUCUACAUCCUCACGGAAUGGGGCGAGACGCUGCUCGAGACUGUCAGUCGGUUGACUGGCGCCGCCGCUGGGCCGGACGCAGUGGCGCAGUGCUUGUACCUGGUCACGCGCUUCCGCGCGGUCAAGUCUGUGUCUGCCUUUGAAGUCUACUUCGCUGGCGACCACACGGUCUGCGAGGUCGACAUCGUCCUUGGUGCAACGGUGCCGCUGAAGGACGCGCACGACCUCGGCGAGUGCGUGACGUACACGCUCGAGAGUCUAGAUGAGGUCGAGCGCGCAUACAUCCAUCUAGACUACGCGGCGGAAAAUGGCGCAGGACAUCUCGCCGCACGGGGAUGACGACGGCGAGCUGCACAGGAGAUGCUGAAAUCUUAAUAUGCGACGCAGCGCACCAUGCCGCAGGCAGAUAAGGCUGUGAGACGGAUGCCCAGCGAGCAAAGAUACAGCGCGACAACGGGGCCCGCCGCGCG